AUGGCUACUCUUACUCGACGCAAAUCCGUCCUGAUCAGCGGCUGCUCUGCCGGCGGCAUAGGCGCCGCUUUGGCCCACGUGUUCCAGGAGAAGGGAUAUCACGUCUUUGCAAGUUUACGAAAUCCGGCCAAAAUCCCACCACAUCUUUCCAACGCACCAAACGUCACGGUGCUGACUCUCGACGUCUUGUCCUCCGAGUCAAUUGCCGCUGCGGUCGAGAAAAUCAACCGGGACACUGGCGGCACCCUCGAUGUGCUUGUCAAUAACAGUGGCACCGGCAUCUUUGCACCAGCCCUCGACACCCCGAUCGAAGAGGCCAGGAAACUGUUUGACCUCAACUUCUGGGCCCCGUUGGCCAUGCUCCAGGCCUUUGCUCCUCUCUUGAUCAAGGCCAAAGGAUGUCUGGUGAACAACACGUCUGCCAAUGCGGUGGUUCCUAUGGCAUUGAUGAGUAUGUACAACGGCUCCAAAGCGGCACUUGCGACGGCCAGUGAGACGUGGCGGCUUGAGCUCCAGCCCCUUGGGGUGCGGACCAUGACUCUUAUCACCCUCGGAGUCAAUACCGGUGCCUUUUCCAGAAAUCUUCGGCCCGAAAUCCCCAAAGCUUCUCCCUACUUUGAAGUCCGCGACUCCAUCUUCGGCCUCGCCAAGGACCGGUUCCAAGCCAGCGCCCUCAGCCCCGGGGAGUAUGCCGCUCGAGUGGUCCGCGAGGUCGAGAAGGGUACACCAGGAACAGUCUGGGUCGGUAAAGAUGCUUUCAUGGCUCGCCUGGGUUGGUGGCUAUCACCACAGUUCGUCCGGGACUGGAUGGUGGAAAGCUUCAUUCCUAUUUCCAGCGUCAUGGCCAAGGUCGCAAAAGAAAAGAGCAAACAUGAUUGA